AUGAGCAACAUAACCGGCAAUUCAACCGAAGUAGAAGAACUAUCUUAUCCGCUGGUAGUUCAAAUAAUCCAAACCAUCUUAUUCACCAUAGUUUGCAUAGUCGGUCUAGUAGGUAACACCUUAGUCAUCUAUGUCGUCAUUAGAUUUUCCAAAAUGCAAACGGUGACCAACAUGUACAUAGUAAAUUUAGCGAUAGCAGAUGAAUGUUUUCUAAUAGGUAUUCCGUUUCUGAUAACUACGAUGUUGAACCGUCACUGGAUUUUCGGGUAUUUUGCUUGCAAAGCCUAUAUGCUCUCUACUGGUAUUAACCAGUUUACCAGCUCUAUUUUACUUUGUAUUAUGAGCGCUGAUAGGUACAUAGCUGUAUGUCACCCGAUCUCCUCUCCAAGAUGGAGGACACCGUUCAUUUCAAAAAUCGUCUCUCUAUUCGCUUGGACUUUUAGCAUUUUGCUGAUAAUUCCGAUCAUCCAGCAUUCAAAAGAGGUGAGUUACGAUGGUAAAACAUCCUGUGUCAUUGAAGUGAGUCCUUCCGAUACAAAUUACACGUUUUCCUCCAAUGGGACUGAAGAAUUCGAUAGCGCAGCGUCAGCGCAGAUAUUCACAUGGUACAUGUUCAUCUUCGGGUUCGCCCUACCCUUGUGUCUCAUCGUAUAUUUCUACUGGUUGGUGAUUUUGAAAUUGAAGAACGUCGGACCGAAGAACAAGUCCAAGGAGAAGAAAAGGUCGCAUAGGAAGGUCACCAAUUUGGUGUUGAUAGUGGUGACGGUGUAUAUUAUAUGUUGGCUGCCGUAUUGGGUGACUCAGUUGGCUAUCAGCGAUAGUGAUGACACAUUUUCAAUCACCCUUCACGUGCUGGCAUCCUGCAUGAGCUACUCGAAUUCGGCCGUCAAUCCGAUACUUUACGCCUUUUUGAGCGACAACUUCAAGAAGAGUUUCGUAAAAGCUUGCACUUGUGCGGCGAACAAGGAGGUCAACGCUACGCUGCAAAUGGAGAAUAGCGUCUUUCCCAAAAAAAACAAACACGUUUCCGAAAGGUUAAAACAAAGUAGAACCAGAGGAACGUCCCUCUGCGUGAACAACGAUGAAGACCAAGAUGUUGGCCCCCUAGUAGUCAGUAAAGGAGAUGCAUCAACAUCAGCUGUGACAGUCAACAGUCGAAAUACGAUGUUGUGCGACAGUAGAGACAACGUUUCAAAAAGUAACGUCAAUAACGGAGGAUCAAAUGCUUCGCAACCGACUAUAUUGUAA